AUGACAGUUGUAGUACGAGCCGUAGUUGUAAUUACAUGUAAUGUUGGUUUACCAUGCCAGUUGUUAACUUCGCACAUAAUGCAGCUACUGCAAAAAAAGAUGUUUCGAGGCAGACCAACUUCUGUUUCCGUGUCUGAAACAAGUAACCGACUGGCUGUCGGUGGGGACACGCCAGAUGACAAGGUGGCCCACUCAUCUGGUGACUCCGAUGAUCAGACGCUAGUCAAACCAAAAAAUGAGAACAAUCGCCUUCUGUAUACCAGAAAGCAAUACAAGAAACUUACACUAAAACUGAUCUCAUUAAGUGAGGAAUACCACAAAAAAAUGUACGAAUUGAAUGUAAUGCGUGGUAUGAUAAAACGUUUACUUGCCAACAAUCGCUUUCAGCAAAGAAGGUUACGCCUGUCUUCACAACUUGAAAACGUUCAACUGAAAAGAGAAACAUGUACUACCAGGAAACAGAAAAGUAAAGAUCACCUCGAAGACGCGGAGUUUGAGAUAAAAGUUUGGAGACUACGAGAAGAAAAUGAAAGACUUUGGAAGAAAGUAGAGCACCUUGAACAAACUAAACGUGAGACUCCUGAUAACGCUGCAGCUAUAGACGACAUGAUGCUGAAUUUUGCCCAAUUACUUGGCGUACACGCAUGUGAACGCAGUGAUGCAAUCUCUUUCAGUAAAAUGAUGAUGGACAAAUUUAUCGACGACAAUACAUGGACGGACGAUGACGUCAUACUGUGGAAGGGGUACACAUACAAAAGAGAUGACACCAUACUCACGCCAUAG